AUGAAAAUCCAAUGGCUUAACUAUAAAAAAGAACAGCCAUUUAUGUUCCAUUAUAAGUAUUCAAAUAAUACAGAAUACCCUUUUAACUCAGUUUACAUUGGAAAAAGAAAUUCAAAUAUUGAAGACUACACUAAACAAUUAGAUUUGUUAUAUCCAAAUGGACAUACAAUAACAGAAUUAAAAAAAAAAGAUUUAUUGGAAUUAAUUCCAUUCAUACCUCCAAUAAAACACAGUUUUUAUCAUAAACUCAAAGUUAACAGACAGAACAAUUAA